CUUUGUGGGAUCCUUGCGAAGAAUAGAAAAAUAAUGAAUCUCAACAACCAAUUACAAUAGUUUUGCCACAAUUACAGGGACGACAAGGCAUGUCCAUUUUGGCUCUUGGAUAGUUUCGUCCAAUAUUCUGAGCUACCACCGGUGCUAAUAGCAUAAAAGCACUCUGUUGUAUUCUGCAGCGUUGGAAUCAAUCUGAAAGUGAACUAAUGAGGAAUCGCCGAGACAGCGACAAGGGCAAACGAAAGGGGAAGAUUCCGGUCCCCGUAUCCGUAUCCUUGUUCAAUCUCUGUCCUCUCUCCUGGGAGAAGCAGGUAGAACAAAACAAGAACAAGAAGGUGUUUCGACCGGAGCACGCACUUGCGCUACUUCAUCAAGUUCGUUUGGAGAUUGUCAUCGCCCCUAGAGGCCGGAAUGGGAAGGAUCAAGAAAGCAAUGAUACUGGAGGCGAGGAGAAAGUAAUCUUUUCAUCGUUGGCUCCAGUGAAAACUGUGAACCCCAGUUGGAACCAUUUGGACGAAUGCAUCGAAGAUUACUUGGCAUUGGAUGGAUAUUUUGAUUCAGAGACGGGUUUCUAUCGUUUCAUGAGAUUGCGUAUUUGGAUAGUUCCAGAGGGCCUACCCAAUGCAGAUAAAGUCGUGGAGGGUGGAGACGACAAUAAACAAACCCCUCAAUCGGACGAAGAAGACGAGACGAAACAACCUUUGCUGGACAUUAGCAUCCAUCCAACCAAACUAAGACGCUUGGCAACCAUGCCAAAUUCGUUACCCGUCAAUUCGCUUAUAUUCAACUUUUCGGAUGGUUCUAUCAGAGCCACAGCUAGGCUUCUUGACCUUGUGGGUGAUCAAGACGGAUCACAUCAAGAGGAGCACUUGAAGGACGAGUUUGCCCGGUUUGGAGAUGAUGUAUUUCGAACCCUGGACCAGGUCACACCCGUCAAGAAAGCCAAAAACGAACCAACGGAAGGGCAGGCUAAUAGCAACGGGAACGAUCAGAGUAUCCUAUCUACCAGUGCCAGUGAAGAUUCCAACGAUGGGAGAAUCCUUUCCGCUCUGCGGGAACCAAACGACCAAGCCACUCAGGAGUGCUUGUUUCACAAAGAGCUACUGUCUGGAACGGAGAAGGCGCGUUUUGAAACUCAAGAACCUGAAAUUUCAUUGAAAGAUGCCAAUGCAGAGCGACAAUACCUGGAGAGACUCAUUCAACAGGAAGAGGACGCUCUAGCAGAAGAGGCGCAACUGUUACAGGAGGAAAAGUCCCAGCUUGGCGCGGCCAUUGGAGAAGCGGGGAUUAUCCAGAACAAUCUGCAAAAAUUAGCGUCCGAAAUUGACUCGGAGUUGCAACUGUGCCGCCAAUCCGAGUUCUUUUUGGAGGCUCGGAGGAUGAAACUAUUGCGCGACUUGCGAACCAUAUAUCCAAUAUCUUUCCUGGAGGGGGAAGAUCGAUAUUGCAUCCGGGAUCUUCGAAUACCGGCUGAUAUACAUUCCAACGUAGUAGCGGAAGAUGAGCUCUCAGCAGCAUUUGGAUAUCUCUGUCACUUGGUGAGUCUGAUUAGCAAGUACUUGGCCAUUCAGCUGAGACACCGGUUGUUUUGCAAUUCUUCUCGCUCGGCCAUUCAAGAGGACGGUGGACCAAUCUAUCCGCUCUUCCAGGGCCGCGUCGUGGAGCGAGAACAGUUGGACCAUGGAGUACGAUUAUUGCAGCGCAACAUUGAGUGCAUUUUAAAGACACGCGACAUUGAGCAAAACCCUGGUGAGCACAUUUUGGUCAACGUCAAGAAACUCUUUGAUAGCUUUGUGGACGGGAAGGAAUGAGGCCAAGGGUUCUAUAGAGAAAGCCGAACUGGGUUCGCUUGUAUGAAAUGCUAGCUGUACAGAAAUCGAAGCAGCUGAGGCACCGUGUACUAGUACAUCGAAACUAGCUCUAUUAUAAUAUUGGUACACUUAUCCUUGCUGCC